AUGCUAUCAAGCGAUAGGGCCAGUUGUGUCGCCAUGCGGGGUUACCUCGUCGUGUUCGCUCUUUUUGUCGUCGUGGUAAGCUCAAUUUUUUCUCUUUUCAUUCAGAAUUUCUCGCAGACAUGCAAUCACGAGUGCGACACGGACACAACUUGUGAAGAUGGGGAAACGUGCUGCAGAAUCAGAGUUUGUUUCAUCAAUAGUCAAGUUUAAUGCGUCUGUUUUACACUUUAUUCGAUCAAAUCUUCAGUUUUCGUCAUCGUAAAAUUAAGGAAAAAUCAUAUCUUCAGAUCAGUUUGUAUAGUUUUGUGAGAUUUCAUUUCUUUUGUUGCUGGGAGAACUUUAGUAGUGAAUUAGGAAGGUCAUUUUACUUUGCGGUUGUGAAAUUCUUGAAAAAAGCCAGAGCACUAUAGUCUGUUUGCCAAGACUCGAAAUUUCACCGAACGACAUUCCGCUGUUCUGCUGCGUGCGUUCGCGAAGCGUUUUUAAAUCUAAUUCACGCUUUCAAUUGAUUGUCAUUGUUGUGGGAGCACAGGAAAGUAGAGUACUUUAAUAAAAGAAAAAAAAAACUAAAAGCGCGACCAAGGUUCGCAAAGGCGCGCAGCGGAACAGCGGAAUGUCGUUCGGUGAAAUUCCAAAUCGUGGUACACAGGCUAUACUUUUAAGUUCGAGAGAAAAAAAAAGUGGUCAAAAAAAAUUCGUCUUUGUGAGGUUGUCAAUGUACCGCCAACGUCCUUUUUCUGUCUGACUAGCCAGCUAUCCUUGAUGCUGGCCAUUACUGCAGCGUUGUUCAGGACGACACCUGGGGAUGUUGCCCUAUUGAAAACGCAGUUUGCUGCUCGGACCACCUUCAUUGCUGUCCGCGAGGAACGACCUGCGACAUCGAAGAAGCCCGUUGUUUGCAAUCAUCCGUUCGUUUUCUGUUGGGAGAUAUUUUUGAAAGCCUAUCGAGUAUUCUAUGAAACGUGUGAAUUCGAAAUCUUGAAUUGACUAGAGUCUAAAUAUUAGGCAAAGCCGCAACUCAGACUUGAGUUUAGAAUGUCGCUGUGCUCACGGGAAAAGUCCAAACGGCUUCAAAAAUAAGAAUUUAGGGCUCUUCUGGAUAGGUGGAGAUUGACUUUAUUGAAAAGUAUCGUUUGCGCAAUGUAAAUAAUUCAAUCAGUAAUGAACAUAUUUUAUAUCCCAGAUUUCAGGGAAACGUUUUUCCAAUUUCAAAGAAACGGCCAGCAACCAGAAGACAAACCAAAAAUGAACACAAUGAAGUUUUGUGCCCGGACCACGAGAGCAAAUGCCCAGAGAGUAAGUUUUCUCAUCUUUCUGUUUUUUUAUUUCACUGAUAAUCAAAAAUAUUUUUUUAAAUCCCAAUCCCAAGACUUUAUGUGUCAUUUCAUAUGCUCUUAUAGUCUGUUCAGAUUUUGAAUGUCAAGUCGUCGCUCAAGCUCCGCCCCUAAUGGUGCGAUAAACCAAUCAGAGAGCGAGCCAUCCACAGAGUGUUUUUCAAUGACGUCAUUGCACUUGACAUUAAAAAUCUGAACAGACUAUAUGCACCAUUUUUGCUGCUUCUCCCGUUUUCCACCAUUUCUUGAGCCUUUAAAAUUUUGGAAAAAAAAAUAAAAGACUCGAUGAAAGGACUCUUUUUGCCACCUUUCUGCGGCCCUUUUUGAGCCUUUCCCUAUUAGCAGCCAUUAUCCACCAUUCCGACUUUGCCCGAGAGAGUCGGACGAUGAAAAAAUUCAAAGAAAACAAAGAACCUUUUUUUGAACUUUGAAAAUAAUUUUUGAGAAACGACGUGUUGCAUGCUGGAGCAGGGCACCUACGGAUGCUGUCCGGCGCCGGAGGCCGUCUGCUGCGCCGACCAUCUUCACUGCUGUCCGAAAGGCUUCCGCUGCAAUGGGCAGUUCUGUCUGGAAUCUUCUGUCAGUUUAUUUUUUCUUGACAAUAAAACCAGGAUCAGCUUUUCGAUCUCAUGUUUUAAGAAAAAUCUUGUAUUUUUCAAAAAAAAAAGUUAAAAAUCAAAAUAGUUUUUAUAUUGAAAGUUUCGUUCGGCGCCUAUAUUUGACGGAAAUUCUACAGAAUUGAUCAUUUUUCAAUAAAAAACAACAAAAAGAGCUUUCAGUAACAUUAUUUUAAAACUGCUGGUUGAAGCUAAAUUCAUUGAGCGUCAUUUUUCUUCGGAAUUCCGGUUUUUCUUUCUCGAAUUUCAUUGUUCGUACUUUUUUCUGCAAUAGGAUAAGGUAGUCAAGCCUCCCAGACUGGGAAGGUGAGAUAGGUAGAUUAGCAUGGGUGACGCGUUGCGUAUGCGUCGCGGCUUUUGCCGGGAUAGUCAAACACUGACUUUUAAAAUAUAUGGCUUCUGUGGAAAAAUCUUUUUCUUCGUUUUAACACUUGGGUAAGGCUAUGAAUAGUUCUGCAGAUUGGAGAAAGGCGCCGAGCGCACAAGAAGUUUCCGUCGACUCCGAUCAAGAAGAAGCCGGCGAUCGAGUUCAUGAGCUAUGACCAUGAAUCCAACAGCGAAGAGGUCGUUUGAAAAGUUUUUCUUAAAGAGAUGAUAUAAUAAUUACAGGUCGAAAGAGAUGAAUCUUACGAGCUCCUUCCGGAGGAACUCAAGCCGAUAGCGUGUGGCUACCAGAAGACGUGUCCGGCGAAGACCACUUGCUGCACUGUGGAGCGUCUGGGUCGACUCCAGAGCAUGUGCUGCCCGCUGAACAACGUUGACUUCUGAUUAUUUCCGAAGGAAUGCUUGAGAUUACAGGCGGUGUGCUGUGCGGACACUUGCUGCCCCCAGGGAUACCACUGCGUCGGCGGCGGAAAGUGUGAGAAGCGCGCCGUCCGGCACAAAAAUAUGGACGACUCCUAUCGCGCCGUCUAUUUUUAA